CCGCGCGCGCGCGAAGGCCACGACCGUCUCCCGCAGCGCCGCGUUGGGCCACAGCUGGUUCGUCGCCAGGCGGACGGCCUUCUCCCGCACCUCGGGCGCGACGUCCGGCCGCCGCGUCAGCUCCAGCGCGCGCCGCAGGCACCGGUCCCGCGCCGCCGGGCGCCGCGUGGCCACGUCCCGCAGCGCGCCCAGCCCGAGCGCCACGUGGUCCGGCGACUCGCACAGGUCCCCGAGGAACGCGAUCGCCGCGUCCGGGAGCCGGGGGGCGCCCAGGGCCGCCUCCGCGAGGAGCUUGCGCUCCUCCGCGUCCAGCCCGUCCCGGAGCGCCCCGAGGAGCGCCAGCAGGCAGCGGUCGUACGCGUCGCGGGCCGCGCCGCGCUUCUCGCGCGCGUAGAGUUCGAACAGCACCCGCAGCCCGAGCUCCAGGCCGUCCCGCCGGCUCUUCUUGUCGGCCACGGCCCGGCGCAGGACGCGCGCCACGCCCUCCGGCUGGUCGCAGGCCUCGCCGCGCGCGAGGCGCGCGACGAUCGCGUCCCGCGUCUCGAACCGCUUCUCGCCGGCGACGGUCUCGGCCGGCGCGGCGAGGCAGCGCGCCGCCGCGCCCUCGCGCAGCCGGGCCCGGUGCGCGUCGGG